AUGGAGAGCAACGUCAGAAUCCACGCAACUGCAAAGAACACCUUGGCGAAGGCGCUAUACGACAACAAAGCGGAGUGCUCAGAUGAGCUGGCUUUCCGCAAAGGAGACAUCCUGACGGUUCUGGACCAACACGUCAUCGGCAGUGAGGGCUGGUGGAAAUGCUCUCUCCAUGGCAGGCAGGGCCUGGCCCCCGCUAACCGCCUCCAGCUCCUCGCCGCCUCUCAGGCUGUCCUGCUGCCUCCUUCCACCCGCAGCGACUCCGUGGAGUCAACAGUGGGCCAACAAAACAUCUACCAAGUUCCCUCCGUCCCCAAGCCUACCGUGUUGUCAUCCACCUAUGAGAAGAUGGAGGGGUGGGUUAAAUCUCCAGCGAGGGUCUCUACCCUAACUGCCCAAGGAAUCUACCAGGUACCAGCCUUGGCUGCACAGCUGCUCAGUGAAAGGACCCAAAGCUCAACAAACCAGCAUCUGCUUACUCUCCCGAGAGCAUGCCGGGCUUCAGUCCCAAACAUCAGGAGUGAGGUGUACGAUGUUCCAUCCACACAGCGCCGGGAGUCCUUACUCACACAGAGCGGUGCCACUCCACCCACCUCACGAAAGGGCUCUGUGCUGGUCAGAUCCACCGAGUGUUUCCAGGAAGACCAGAAGCAGCUUUACAACAUCCCAUCCAGCACAGAGAAGGCAGGAACUGUUAUCCAGAAAGAUUCACUAGUGGGCAAUUUAUAUGAUGUCCCUCCCAAAAGAGAAACUGAUGUUUCAGAAAAUGAUUCUCAGAAAAACUUCUGGGGCCAUUACAAUACUUUGCCAAAUCCUCGAAAGUCAGAAUGGAUUUAUGAUAUUCCAGUAUCACCUGAAAAAACAGGGUUAAAACAAAACCCUUCUGGCCAUUCCUUGGAGAACCAGGUGCUGUAUGAUAAACCACCAGCAAGGUACAAAGCGCUAACAACAAAUACUGAAGCCAAAGUUGUAAAUCCACAACUAUAUGACAUCCCACCAACACAACGGAAAUUAACGCUUCCAGAUAUCCGUCUCUAUGAUGUUCCAUCCUCACGGGACAUGCUCCUUUUGCCACAAAAUGGUAGCUGUGAUAUACCUCCAGGUCUCCUGGCUCCAAAGGCUGAGAAUCAGAUUCCUGAAGAGAAUGUUUAUGAUAUUCCAAAAAGUUUGCCCACUGCUUUGCAGUCCAAGAAAGAGAUGGGAAAAAACAGCGAUAGUUCUGGAGACCAAGCACACAGUGCUCCUCCACAGGUCUCAAGAGAUGCUAAAUUGGAACAAGACAGACUAUCUGUUUCUAGUGUGGACAGCAGAAGCAGCACACUCUCUACGUUCUCAAAUCAUUCUGCUGAGUCUUCUUCUAUGUCGUCAUCAGAAGAGCCUGCCAAAGAAAUUAAAUUGGACCUUGAGGUAGCCAUAGAGACACUGACUAGAUUGCAGCACAGUGUAUCCAGCUCGGUUGCCAGUUUAAUGAUCUUUGUGAGUAGUAAAUGGAGAUUACAAGAGCACCUCGAGAAAAGCCUUGAAGAAAUCCAUAGAGCCGUCGAUCACAUAAAGGUAUCACUGGAAGAAUUCUUGGCCUUUGCUCAAGUUGUAAAGGUAAAUACCUCUUACCUCACUGAUAACAACCUUCAGACCAGAAUUAAAAAGCAGUUAGAAAUUCUUGUGAACUCAUUCCAAAUCUUAACAGAAACGAGAGAAGCUAUAAACAACUGCAACUGGUCACUAGAGGCUUUGGUCCUCAGAAAACCUCAGAACAAUCCAGAUGAUCUUGAUCGCUUUGUUAUGGUAGCCCGCACAAUUCCAGACGAUAUCAAAAGGUUUGUAUCCAUUAUCAUUGCCAAUGGAAAGCUGCUCUUCAGAAAGAAUAAGAAGGAGCAAGAAAUGAAGCAAUCAAAAGUGAACCCAGAAUACAAAAUGGCAAAGCAAAUCACAGUGCCAAGAAGAACAGAAAUAGAUUCACUUCAAAGAAAUAUUCCUGAUAAUCCCAACCAAAGUCAGGUCUCUUCUGAGAAACCAAAAGAAAAUGCCACUGACGAUUGUGACUAUGUUCAGUUACAGGUUUUGCCAUCUGCAAAAAAGGCUGUAAUUCAAAGCAAGCAGGACUCUGCAAAGAAAAUCGCUCUUCCAGAACACUGCAAGCUGUGUUUUGGUGCACUUCACAAGGCAAUUGGCGUAUUUACUAAUAGUCUGAGCAACAACCAGCCACCCGAAGUCUUCAUAUCCCACAGCAAGCUGAUCAUUAUGGUAGGACAAAAGCUAGUGGAUUCUCUCUGCCAGGAAACUCAAGAAAGAGACGCUCGGAAUGAUGUUCUCCACAGCAGCAGCCGGUUUUGCAGCCUCUUGAAGAAUCUGGCUCUCGCCACCAAAAAUGCUGCAAUACAAUAUCCAAACACAGAUGCUAUGAGGGAACUUCAGGAUCAAACUGAGGAGCUGUCCAAGUACACACAGCAGUUUAGAGCAAUGAUGGAAUGA